CCCGCUCGCCCCCCCCCCCCCCUUCUUCUCGGAAACAUGCGGCUCAGCCUCUUGCUUCUGAUCGUCGUCGCCCUCCUCCAUCGGGCCCUCGGUGCCCCGGUGAGCAUGGGGUGCGGCUGCUCGUCGGCCGCCCUGGCCGCGUCUCGCCCGACCCCGGGCCUGGGACGGCCGGCCGUGUGCGCAGCUCGAAACCUGGACCUCGACCGGGCGGCCCUCAUGGAGCGCAUGGCCCGGGAUCUGCCUCGCCCGGCGGAUCCCUCGCAGCAACUGGUGCUCUUCCCCCGGCCAGGGGGCACGGCCGGGGCCGGCUGCGGGCCAGGGGCCGUGCGCAUCGGCACCGCCGAGGCGCCAUACAUGCAUGUGGAUGGCGAGUUUCCGCCCCGAUGCGUGGUGAUUCCGCCGGAUGUGGACACUGUCGGGCCCUGGCCCGGGCGGUUGCCGGCCGGCGAUUCCAUGGCCACCAACCCGCGGCCGCUCUACGUGCAGGCCGGCGAGGUGACCGCCGCUGCGUUUGCCCACUUCUCGCUCGCCAGUGGUUAUGUGAGCACGCGCGAGCGGGAUCCCCACCCAGAUCGCGGGGGCUUCGUGUGGGAGGGCCUUCUCAGCCAGCCCGGGCACUCGCCGGCGCACUGGGCCCACGAUGCGGCCUUGCUGCAAUCCAGUGUCCCAUGGUGGCGUCUUGUCGACCGAGCCUUCUGGCACUCGCCGGAAGGGGAGGACUCAUCGCUGCUCGACGGGCCGCUGGGCCGUCGAGUGGACCACCCUGUGACGCAUGUGUCGCUGGAGGAUGCGGCGGCCUUUUGUCACUUCUACGGCAUGCGCCUGCCGACCGAAAUCGAGUGGGAAUGGGCCGCGCGGGCGGCACGCCAUGCCCCAGAGCGCCGGCGGCGUCUUGCUCCCCCGGGGCCGGCCUCCCCGGGCGACGCGCCGCCCUGGCAAUUCCCCUGGGCCGCGGCCUUUGACUGGCCCACGGGCACGCCACGGGCCAAUGUCUGGCGCGGGGACUUCCCGGGGAACAAUGUCGAUCUCUCGGAGGCGGGCUUGGUGUCUGGCGGGGAUGGCUGGCCCGGGACGGCUCCGACGGGCGCCUUCCCGGCCCAAGUGCCCGCCCCCUUCCCGGAGCACACUCUCCGGCCGGCCGGCGGCCCGGCGUCUGCCCCGGUUGCGGGUCUCUUCAAUCUAAUUGGCAAUGUCUGGGAGUGGACAGCCACGUCGCGACAGGGCCAGCCAGCAGGGGGUGCCGUUCUCGAGGAAUUUGUCCUCAAGGGCGGGUCGUACAUGUGCCAUCCGUCGUUCUGCCAUCGGGCGCGCAUCGGCGCCCGGUCCUUUGCCUUUGGCCAGCUGCCUGGGCCGAUGGCUGUCGAGGAUACCGAGCAGCUGGCAACAGCCACGGGAAACCUGGGCUUCCGGUGUGUGGCCGACCGGCCGCCACCGGGGUAUGUCCCCGUUUGAGGGCCAUCUUCGACCCCCCUUCUCCUCUGGACCUGCCCCAGCCACGUGUCCGGAAAAUAAUCCCUCCAUUUGCAUGCUGAAUGGUGCCCUGCCCUGCCCUGCCCUCUCUCUCUCUCU